AACUGCUCCUACUUCUUCUGCUCUUCCAGCUUCAUCAUCGUCAUCGCCGUUGUCAUUGAUUCUGCUGGGCUGUUCUAUUCUUUGAUUGUGCGUUUGUCUCUCAUUGAGAAUGCUCGCUUCACGAGCUGCUGCCCGGCUCUGCUGCAGGCCAGCCAGAGGAUUAGCAGCAAAAGCUCCUCGGCUCAGUAGAAGCUAUCAAGGUCUCGCACAGAACAAGUUUUUGAAGGUCUCUGAAGAAGUCCGAGAUGCUGUAGCCACUGGGAAACCUGUUGUGGCACUGGAGUCUACGAUCUAUACGCACGGAUUCCCAUAUCCCGAAAGCGUUGCUCUUGCAUCAUUGCUAGAAUCUGUUGUUCGAUCAAAUGGUGGCGUCCCUGCUACUAUUGGGAUUCUCGACGGCGUGGCACGGGUCGGUUUGAAUACCGAGGAACUUAUCGAACUUGCCUCGACUGCAGAGAAAAAGAAUGCAUUAAAGGUCUCGCGCAGAGACCUGGGUUAUAUCUGUGGCCUGGGUAUGGCGGGAAAACGUCUUUAUGGCGGUACAACCAUUUCGGGCACAAUGGUGCUUGCUCACUUGGCUGGUAUUAAGAUUUUUGGGACUGGCGGACUUGGUGGUGUCCAUCGUGGUGGAGAAACAUCUAUGGAUGUGUCCGCGGAUCUCACUGAGCUGGGCCGAACCCCAGUGACUGUCAUUAGCUCGGGCUGCAAGAGCUUUCUGGAUAUCCCGCGAACUCUCGAAUACCUUGAGACAGAAGGAGUCUGUGUUGGAACAUUCGCAGAUGGUAGACAAGGGUCUGUGGACUUCCCCGCUUUCUUUACAAGGGAUAGCGGGGUUAAGAGCCCCAAGGUUAUCCAGGAUGAGGCAGAGGCGGCUGCUAUAGUCUAUGCCCAAUCACAGCUUCCCGUCUCAUCUGGAAUACACUUCGCGAACCCAGUGCCACUGGAACAGUCGGUUCCAAAGGAUGAAAUGGAUACGAUUAUUGAAGAGGCAAUCCGCCUUUCUGAAGUCGAAGGGUAUCGUGGAAGCGACAACACACCAUUCGUACUGGCUAAGAUCAAGGAACUCAGUGGUGGAAAAAGCGUAAUCGCCAAUCGGGCUUUGGUCGAAUCAAACGUGAAGCGUGCAACCAGAGUGGCUGUGGAGCUUGCCAAAUUGGAGGAUUCUGGUAAAGGACUUACUGAUCGACACAUGCCAGCGAUUCCCAAGAACCUUAGGGCUGACCAACCAACUUCAGAAGCCGCGUCGGUUCCUAAACCAACUACUGAAAGCCCUGCCGAGCAGAUAGACAAGGCAGAUUUACUUGUGGCUGGCUCUCUCGCCAUUGAUCUAUCGUGUGAUUAUGCUCCGUUUGCUAAUGAAAGGUCCAAUACUACACCCAUCCCACAUACCUCGAAUCCUGCGGUCAUCGGACAAAGUCUUGGUGGUGUAGGCCACAAUGUUGCUAUCGCUGCUAGCCACAUGGGUAGCUCUGUUCUAUUCUGUAGUGUUGUUGGUGAUGAUUUGAGUGGCAGUGCCGCGCUGUCUACUCUCCAAAAAGAAAACCUCGCCACGGUAGGUAUACAGGUUCUUCCGGCUUCUUCAGGAACAAGAACCGCUCAGUAUAUUGCUGUGAAUGACACAAAGAAAGAUCUUCUUGUAGCCAUGGCAGACAUGGGAAUCAUGGAACUUCCAGAGUACAAGUUAGACUUUGAUGGCUUCUGGGAACCCAUGAUCAACCGCACCAAGCCUCGAUGGGUUGUCGUGGAUGGAAACUGGAGCCCAGAGGUUCUUUCCAAGUGGAUCGAAGUGGCUAACAAGCACGGGGCUCGCGUUGCUUUUGAGCCCGUAUCUACCGCGAAGUCGUGCAGACUGUUCAAUAGGGCAAAUGCAGCAGUAGGAACGGCAGAUUGUGUUCCUAAGAAUGUCAUCAGCCUUGCAGCUCCCAACAGCAUGGAGCUUACUGCGAUGUAUAUGGCUGCACGUGAGAGCGGGCUGUUCGACUCGGAAGGCUGGUGGCGUAUCAUUGAUGCGAUGGGAAUGUCCUCUUCUGGUUCUCGGGAACGACUUGUCGCAAUGACGAAUGCCACUCUUGUUGAUGAAGGCACCCCCCAACAGAGUAUCCAGCUUCUUCCCUUUAUCCCAUGCAUCAUCACCAAGCUUGGAGAGCAGGGAGUGCUGGUGACCCAGCUCCUUCGCCCUGGCGACCCUCGUCUGACUUCCCCAGACACGGCUCCUUAUAUCCUAUCCCGUGCUCCGCCGACGGACGAAGUAAUCGGAGGCGUGUAUAUGCGACUGUUUCCUCCAGCAGGGGUGCUUGCUCAUGAAGAUAUCGUGAGCGUGAAUGGAGCGGGAGACACACUACUCGGUGUGGUUGUUGCUGGACUGGCGAAAGGAGAUGGAAAGUCAAGACAAGUUGAGGAUAUCAUCCCUCUUGCGCAGGAGGCGAGCUUGCGGACUCUAAAGAGUGCGGGGGGUGUCAGCAGUGAUAUAAUAAGCUUGCGCAAAUCUUUGGAUAGCUUGUGA